AUGGCUUCUAUUGGUGGCUUCAUCGAUUCCAUCAACUCGCCGAACAUGCUGGACUUAUUUGCCACGACAUUGUUUGAGACUAUAUUUACUGGCAGCAUCUCCAUGUUUGGAGCUUAUAGCGGAGGUCAACUUGCCGGAAAAUAUCCUUACUUGCUACAAGGCCUUUUGUCUGGAGACCGAAACCUCGAAAUCCAAAGACAGAUUGGGUUGGAAUUCAAUGUUAUUCUCGGCAUUGUGGGACUCGGUAUUAUGAUUUUGACGGCAGAGUAA